GGGACGCCCACACCCAAAAAUGGCCGCCAGAGUAGUAUCCUUAGCUGCUUCGAUUUCUUCAUUUGCUGUUCCAUUUUCUUCUACUUCUUCUUCGUUGUUUUUGACGAGGUUAAGGUCUCCUUCAGUUCUUAGAUUUUCUUUUGCAGUUGCUCCUUUGUCUUAUCGUAGUAGAGGAGGAGGAGGGGGGAAGCUCAUGGCUCACUCUUUAGCUCGUGCCACUCUUGGCCUUACACAGCCUGCUAAUGUUGAUGUCCCAAAGAUCUCCUUUUCUGCAAAAGAGAUUGAUGUGGUAGAAUGGAAAGGAGAUAUACUUGCAGUUGGUGUUACCGAGAAAGAUAUGACUAAGGAUAAGAGCACAAAGUUUGACAACUCACUUUUAAAGAAGCUAGAUACCCACUUGGGUGGUCUCUUAAGUGAAGCCUCUUCUGAGGAGGAUUUCACAGGAAAAGCUGGUCAAUCUAUGGUUCUUAGGCUUCCAGGUCUUGGUUCUAAAAGGAUUGGCUUGAUUGGGCUUGGACAGUCUGCCUCAACCACCUUUGCUUUUCGCAAUUUUGGUGAGACCAUUGCUGCUACUGCAAAGGCUGCUCAAGCUAGUAAUGUGGCUAUAGUUCUUGCCUCAGCAGAAAGUAUCUCAAAUGAGUUAAAGCUUAAUACUGCUUCAGCAAUAGCAUCCGGUACAGUGCUGGGGACAUAUGAAGAUGCUAGGUUUAAGUCAGAAUCAAAGAAACCGGUGUUGAAAUCUGUAGAUAUUCUUGGGUUUGGAACUGGACCUGAUUUGGCAAAGAAGCUCAAAUAUGCUGAAGAUGUCUCCUCUGCUGUAAUUUUUGGAAAAGAGCUAGUGAAUUCCCCAGCCAAUGUACUCACACCUGCUGUACUGGCAGAAGAAGCUUCAAAGAUUGCUUCCACAUACAGCGAUGUUCUUUCUGCUAAUAUCUUGAGUGCAGAGCAAUGCAAGGAGUUGAAGAUGGGUUCCUAUUUGGGAGUUGCAGCAGCAUCUGCAAAUCCCCCUCACUUCAUCCACUUGCAUUAUAAGCCUCCCGGUGGAACUGUUAAAGCCAAAUUGGCUUUAGUUGGAAAAGGAUUAACUUUUGACAGUGGUGGCUACAACAUCAAGACAGGACCUGGUUGUUCAAUUGAGCUCAUGAAAUUUGAUAUGGGAGGUUCAGCAGCUGUUCUAGGUGCAGCAAAAGCUAUUGGUCAAGUUAAACCUCCUGGAGUAGAGGUUCAUUUCAUUGUUGCGGCUUGUGAGAAUAUGAUUAGUGGAACAGGUAUGAGGCCUGGAGACAUAGUGACAGCCUCAAAUGGAAAGACUAUUGAGGUUAAUAAUACUGAUGCGGAAGGCAGGCUUACUCUUGCAGAUGCUUUAGUUUAUGCUUGUAACCAGGGUGUAGAUAAGAUAGUUGACCUGGCAACAUUGACUGGUGCCUGUGUAGUUGCUCUUGGUCCUUCAAUUGCCGGUGUCUUCACCCCCAGUGAUGACUUGGCUAAUGAGGUUUUCACAGCAGCAGAGGCCAGUGGAGAGAAACUAUGGAGGAUGCCAUUAGAGGAAAGCUACUGGGAGAACAUGAAGUCAGGAGUGGCUGAUAUGGUUAACACUGGUGGUCGUCAAGGGGGUGCUAUUACUGCAGCUCUCUUCUUGAAACAGUUCAUUAAUGAGAAGGUUCAAUGGAUGCACAUAGACAUGGCCGGCCCUGUGUGGAAUGAGAAGAAGCGCACUGCAACUGGAUUUGGUAUUUCAACUCUUGUAGAGUGGAUCUUGCAUAACUCUUCUUAAACACAGAGAUUAUGCCAGCAGAGUGAAUAGGGGCAAUGAGGAGACCUUGUGGGAUGUUUUGGUGCUGUGUGAUGAGUUUUACGAAUAAAAGAAAAAUGUGGGAGGGAUGACUGAUGUUUUGAGGUACAGUUGGACCUUGAAAGUUUCAAAGUCUUUGAGCCUGUAAAUUACUUUCUUUUCCAUCUGGUUUGCAUGGGUAAGAUAAAAUGCUCUUUUUGGGCUGCCAAGAAAAAGAGUCUCCUCUACAGGUGGAAAUCUACAUUCACUUGGAAUCUAUCCCUGAAACUAAUAGGUGGGUGGGUUCAACAGUAUUGUGAUAACUGGGCACCGAGUUCAACAGUUCAUCAAUAGAUGCUUAUUAUCA